AUGGAAGACUUGCGCCAUGAUUUCCGAAGCGUAAAGGAAGAACUGUACCGCUUCCGUCAAGAACUGGACAACAAAACACAAGAACUGAGAGAACUACACCGAGCCCUGCCGCUUCCAGAUCCACAGCGCCUCUACAGCAACAUCAUUGACCUCUGCCACGAAUUCCAUUCCCGCACAACCAGAACGACGGAAUUGGACAACAGGAUUCGUGCGCUGCGCCAGUCUAAGGAUAGCUAUGAGAACCGACUGCAUGAAUCUGCGUUACUGGAGCUCCAAGCCGAGAAACUACGAGUUGAGAUAGCCUUUAUUCGAUCGCAACUCCGCACCUUCUUCACCGUUCCUUCACUUUUAUGCGCCACAAGAGUCAUUAAGAUGGAUGUCUGGCGCGCAUGGAUGGACCGUCCUCAGCGUAACGAAGCAGGAUAUGCGCUUUUAGUACAGCCGGAGGACAUCGAAAGAGUGGCUGCGGAUCAAUUACAGCAGUUGGAUCGGUAUCGCCAAAUGAUCAUCGAAAUUCGGGCGUCAAUCACGGACGAACAGCGCGAAGAUAGUGUGAAUUUUCAGUCGGAGAUGCGAGCAGCUGUAGCGCAGCUUCAGUCCUCGUUGGAUUCAGCUUUAGCCGCCAUAGAGCAGCGCCAACGUGCGACCCCCGCACCCGAGGAAAAGAACAUCCCGAUGGAAGAAAGAGAUGAAGAGUCAAUUCGUCAGGAUCAACAUUCACGCCACCCUUCUCCUGCGCCCGAGGAUGAAGCAAUGCAAGAACAAGAGCAAGAGGCAAUCCAAGAAAACGCUGAAUUCCUCGAAGAGGUCAGACCAGAAGAAGCAGCAUCUGUAGAAGAAAGAGAGGAGGACCGGGAAGGCGCUCAAGCACGCAUAAGACGACAAUACGCUCAGAUGCGCCGACGGAUAGUACAGAAGAUUCAGGAGCUUGAAUAG